CGCGGCCCGGCCGCUUCCUGGUCACCGGAGCAGGAGGCGACAGGAGCCCGCCGAGGCGGCUGCGGGGGUCCGGCUGCCGCCAUGGCCUCGCUCUUCAAGAAGAAGACCGUGGACGAUAUAAUAAAGGAGCAAAACCGAGAGUUAAGAGGUACACAGAGGGCUAUAAGCAGAGAUAGAGCAGCACUUGAAAAACAGGAAAAACAACUGGAGCUGGAAAUCAAGAAAAUGGCUAAAACUGGGAACAAAGAGGCCUGCAAAGUGCUGGCAAAGCAGCUGGUGCAGCUGCGGAAGCAGAAGAACCGAACCUACGCUGUGAGCUCCAAGGUCACCUCCAUGUCCACUCAAACCAAGGUCAUGAACUCCCAGAUGAAGAUGGCAGGAGCUAUGUCAGCCACAGCAAAAACAAUGCAAGCAGUUAAUAAGAAAAUGGAUCCACAAAAGACACUACAAACUAUGCAGAAUUUCCAGAAGGAAAACAUGAAGAUGGACAUGACUGAAGAGAUGAUUAAUGAUACUCUGGAUGACAUUUUUGAUGCCUCUGAUGAAGAGGAAGAAACCCAAGAUAUUGUUAAUCAAGUGCUUGACGAGAUCGGGAUUGAAAUCUCUGGCAAGAUGGCCAAAGCUCCCUCAGCUGCCCGAGGUUUGCCCUCUGCAUCGGCCUCGAGCGCCGCCACCAUCUCGGACGAGGAGAUCGAGCGCCAGCUCAAAGCCUUGGGCGUGGAUUGACUGCUGGGGGCUCAGCCCUGCACACCUGUGCAACGUGCAAAUACUCUUUCAAUGCAACUGAUUUCUGAAGCCUCAGAAAUGACAACUUGAAGAUGAAUUUGCAGAGAAAAGUUCUUUUUUUUAUCCAUUGCAUGGAGUCUUUUUGACUCUGGACUGACCAGGGGUGUAGUUCUAACAAUAAAUUCACUUACACCCAAUCCAGAGCUGUCCUUUGGAUUCAAAGUUUUCUUCCAUCUCUAUUCCUGAUCUGUCUCUAGAACUGGCUGUUCUGUGGCUGGUCAUGCCACUUCCUAGGACAGCACCUGUGUAAUAUUAAUCAUUUUUACAAAACUAUCAUUAGAGAAACAUUUAGUCUGCCAGCUCUUAGCACAAAUGAAACUUCACCUUGGCUCUUAGUUGGAAACUUUUUUUUUUCCAUGAGAAAUAGCUUUGAAUGUCUAGAUAAUUUAGGCAGAAAGAAAAAGCAUUUUUAUGUAUUUCUUCAAAAUUCCUUUUGAGCUGAUGAAAUAAUAACUUGUAAUUCCUCUUACCAGAAGGGAAGGAUACACUCCUUGUGCAGUUAAUUUUUCUGGAAGAGGAGUUACAUUUGUUAGUGAAAUUUGUUGCAUGAAAGGCACUGAUUGAACUCUAUUGUACUGUAACAUAGCUGGUUUCAACAGAAUUGCUGUGCCUUUAUGUAUAUAAAUCUUGUACCUUUGUGAUUUUCUUUCAGAAGGAGUCUUUGGAAGGUGAGUAAACUUAAUAAUUAAGAUGGUUUUACAAAAUGCUUUGGUGAGACCUCGCUGUACACUUGAUGGGACUCGGUGCUGAAGUGGAGAGAUGCACUCAUUCAGAAAUGCAAAUUGUGCACUUGAAAAAAGGACAUUUGCCUGAAGCAACAUUUGUAUAUAUUUUACAGUACUUCUUAAUGGAAGAUAACUGCAUAAUUGUAUUGUUUGCUAAGAUGCAACUGAUCACAUUGAUAAACUAAAUCUAAAUAUUAGUUUUGAGAACAAUUUUGGAUCAUAAAUGAUAACUACUUGUCUUAACACUAUAAUAAAAGCAUUCUGGUUCUGUGAA